AUGACACAGGACCACAGAUUGGGUGGAAGGUUCCUGAUGCCUCCUGGCUCAGUACCCACUCUGUCUUUGCAGAGCUCCAAGGAGGACAUCAUUGAGGUGCUGGCCCAUGGACCCGACUACACCACCUACGGGGUCAGGGUGCAGGUGCACGAGGCUGACGACACAGACGAGUGCCUGUCUGAGUGUGCAGCUGAGCGAACUGGUAACCUGCAUGAGUCCUGCAGGAUGCAGGCCCUCCAGGAAGGCACCUCGGAGAAGGUGGCCAUGGCCAUGGUACCAGCUUUCCCGGGGGGAAUCGUCCCCCACGUCUCCACGCUGGCCUGCUCCAGAGCCCAACGGUUCCUGGACGAGCUUCUAACUAGGUGA